CUUCGAUCACCCCACCGAUACGUUUCUUCCGGGAAUGAACAUGGACUUGGAUUUGAAGCUAACUUCUUGGAGGAGUGACAAUGAUCCUCAAAGUGGAAGCUACGCCUUCAUGAUGGCUUCAGAUGGAGACAACCCUUAUGUGAUUUGGAAGAACAACCAGCUUUACUGGGAAAGAGGAAUAAAGAAUCCGAGUCCAGGGUCUAUGUUUGGAACCGUAGUUUUCUUGUUGAACAAAACAAGCACAGACGAAGACCCUUCUUCUGCAACAAACACUCCCCCCUACAAAAACAUUGGUAACAGAUUUGGCAAAAAACAAUCGCCGAUUACGCGUGUUCCCGUUGAUGAAUUUAACAAGACGAGGCUAGUGAUGAAGUGCAAUGGGGAGCUUCAGUUUCUAACAUGGGAUGGUAUCCAACAAGAUUGGAUCGUUCGUUGGAAGGCCCCAGAUAGCUCCUGCGACAAGUAUAAUUUCUGUGGCAACUUCGCAAGCUGUGAUUAUAAUCUGAUUAAUCUCAACAUCAAGGAGUGCAAGUGUUUACCGGGAUUCAGCAGUGUUAUUGGUGGAGUCAGGGGAUGUACAAGAAAUUCAUGGUCAUGCAGUGGAGACACUACAGCGUUCUUGAAUUUAGUGAAGGUGAAAGCAAGAGAACCACCUGAUGAACAACACCCUGCAGCUAGUGAAACAGAAUGCAAACAAAUUUGUCUUAACAAGUGUCCUGAGUGCCAGGCCUAUUCGUAUGAUGCAAAGGCUGCAACUUCUGAAAGUGGUGAUGAUAAUGAUAGUGCCCAGAAAAGUUGUCGGAUCUGGACAGAGGAAUUAGUUACACUUCAAGAAGGCUUCCAUGGUGAUGAUACUGAUAAUAAUGAAGAUAAUGAUGCUCAUAGUUUCUAUGUUCGAGUAGACAUAUCAGACAUAGAACCAACUCCAAGAACUUGUGAACCAUGUGGGACAAACAUGGUGCCUUAUCCAUUGAGCACUAGUUCGAACUGUGGUGACCCUAUGUACUUCAACUUCAGCUGUAACCCCUCAACAGGCCAGCUUAGCUUCAUUUCUAGAACUUCCAAUUCCAAUGCAACUUAUCAGAAAGUUGCUAUAGUGUAUUCAGAAUCCAGAAAGUUUGUCAUGCAGGUUCAUCCAUCAAAUACUCACUGCGAAGAUGAGAGACCUGAAAGUGAUGAAACUAUGCAGAUACACUCUCCGUUUUCUGUUGCGUAUGAUUGUUUUGAUAAAGCCAAAGUAGAGGUUACUUGGGAACCACCACAUGAACCUGUUUGUUCUGAGCCUAAAGACUGCGUAGGUUGGAACCAUUCAAGUUGUAAAGUAGCCAGUGGUGGAAAGAGGUGUCUUUGUGAUAAAAAUUAUCAUUGGGAUGGGAUUGCUCUAGCGUGUACUAUAGCAGAUGAAGGAAAAUCCAAAAGUCAAAUUUCUUUGAUUCUUGGGAUAACUCUUGGAAGUUUGAUUAUUCUGGCAUGUGCAAUAACUUUUGCUUAUCUAUGGAGAAGGAAAAUAACUCCAAAGAUAGGCAAGGAAAGCAAUGUGAAACAACGAAAACGCUUCAUUGAUAGUAUAAGACAUGUGAAAGAUUUGAUUGAGGAUGGGGGAUUAGAAGAACAGGACAAUGAAGGCAUAGAGGUACCUUAUUUUGAUUUUGAGAGCAUAGUAGUAGCUACAGAUAACUUCUCUGAUGCAAAUAAACUUGGACGCGGUGGUUAUGGACCGGUUUACAAGGGUAAGCUUCAAAGUGGUGAAAUUGUUGCAGUAAAGAGGCUUUCUAAUGUCUCAUCACAAGGCUUGCAGGAAUUUAAGAAUGAGGUUGUUUUGAUAGCCAAACUUCAACAUCGAAAUCUUGUUAGAUUAAGGGGCUACUGCAUCAAAGGAGAUGAAAAGAUUCUACUAUAUGAAUACAUGCCUAACAAGAGCUUGGACUCAUUUAUAUUCGAUCCCACACAAAACAUACUUUUGGAUUGGGAAAUGCGAUUUAACAUAAUCCGAGGAAUUGCACAGGGUUUACUUUAUCUUCACCAAGACAUCAGGUUAAGAGUAAUUCAUAGAGAUUUAAAGACCAGUAACAUUCUUCUUGACGAGGAAAUGCAACCAAAAAUUUCAGAUUUUGGAUUGGCAAAAAUAGUGGCAGGCAAAGAAUCUGAGGCAAAUACUGAAAGAGUUGUAGGAACCUACAGAUAUAUGUCUCCUGAGUAUGCAUUAGAAGGACUUUUCUCAACAAAAUCUGAUAUUUUCAGCUUUGGUGUAGUGCUUCUUGAGAUUCUUAGUGGAAAAAAGAACACCGGAUUUUAUCAAUCUGACCAAUUUACAAGCCUUUUGACUUAUGCAUGGAGACUAUGGACAGAGAAUAGGAUGAUAGAUUUAAUGGACAUGUGCCUCAGUGAAAGUUGCAUUGCAAAUCAAUUUAUUAAGUGUGCACACAUUGGACUCUUGUGUGUACAAGAUGAUCCAAGUGAUAGACCAACCGUGUCAACUGUUUUGACAUUACUUGAUGGUGAGAUUGCAAGCAUUUCAAGCCCAAAACAACCAACCUUUUCUGGGAGCAGAGGCCAAUCUAGCACAACUUCUUCCACUAGACCGGAAAUAAGUCUUCACUUUGAAAGCAACACUCAAGAAGGUAGAUAGGGUACGGCAAUAUAAUGUCAGAAUUGUAAAUAAAUUAGAU